AUGUCUGGUCGUGGGAACCGAAACUGGCAGUCUCGAAGAACAAGUAACAGCAUCAGCUUCGGAAGACACCCACAGUCGGACAAGAUAUGUAUGCACUUCCAACGUGGAACUUGUCGUUAUGGCUCAGCUUGCAAAUUCUCCCACAACCUUAACUCUUCCGAUGGUUCUCAACUCCAUCCAAGAACAAGAAAAGACAAUCCCAUGGACAGCCAGGAUGCUCAGCGAUACCUUGACUGGAGGCGAAUCCUCAGAAAUGGAACUUCUGGGUCAUGGCUGUUUGCUGAACAUAUUCUCCAAUUAUGGAAAGGCGCUCUUGAUAUUCUUGACAGUGAGAACAGCGAGAAUCAUCAGCGUCUCGCAAAGGACCUGGUAGAUGACAAUCUUCAAGGUCAGAAGUUCAUACUGGCAAGUACUCAAAACAUGAACCUGAAUGCGUCUGGCGCUAUUCCUCUCUAUGUCGAGCCGUUUCUCCAAGUCAUCACUCAUCUGUCCCUCCUGAACUGUCUUAGUGUUGAUUCGUUUGUCGGGACCAUGUACUCAUCCUUCAGUGGCCCGAAUGGAGAUCGAGCCAUUGACUUUCUCAAAUGCGUUUGUCAGACCCUGGGACAAAAAUUUGAGCAGCAAAGCAAGGACGAGACAUCUUUCAAGACAAAUAUCAUGAAGCUGUUGGUCAAUGCUCUUUAUCAGCUUCUAUAUCGAAUUCGCCAAGCGCGAUUGAAUGAUGGCCUUCCUUUACUUCUUGACUUAUUGGAUGAGCUGGUCGGCACACAUCUCAAAGCAUGUUCCGUCGCUGAUCUGGAUGCUUUUUCUAGCAGGUUGGAGAUCAUGCGAAACUUGGUCACAGCUGCAAACGACAGCCUUGUUCCAGUCCUGCAAACUGAGAGCCCGCAAGGUACUAGGGUAGUCGAAUCAUCUUUCCCCCUGGAUAUGGAGCUUCCUGGAGGUAGACACGACAAUGAUCUCGCCGACAUCUCGAUGAUCAGACUGAUUCCGACCUACGGAGAGAUCGUUAGCGACAACGCGGAAUAUCUACCAUCCACUAACUUCUCUCGGUCUCAAUUCUUGCAAGAUCCAUUGCUCAGAUACAUUGACUCUACAUUUCGACUGUUACGCCAUGAUAUUUUUGGGUCUGUCAAAGAUGUACUUCGAGAUUUGAUACAGCAAGAUGACUUCACACGCCCUUACCUAUCCGACAAAUCGAGCCAGACACAUCUCUAUACGGAGUCACGGAUUGGACAUGUUUUUAUCAACGAGAAACAUGAGCUUGAAGCAACACUUUGCUUCUCAACCCCGCCGCAGAUCCGCAAGAAAUCAACUGCCGAGAAAUGCAAAUGGUGGCAAGAUUCCAAUCGAUUUGAAGAGGGUUCUCUGGUGUGUUUCUUGGCUUUUGACGGUAGACAAAAGCAUGUUCUCUUCCUUGAAGUGACCGCCAAAAUAGCAUCCAAGGAUCAAGCAAACAAAAGCAAGAGCAGUCUUAUCUCCGACAAGCAUCAACCUAGCAUUACGGUCAAACUUGCAGCAAGCUUACCAAAAGAGCUGAGAUUGCUGCUCCAGCUAUAUUGCGAAGAGGUUUCUGGUGUUCUAGUUGACUUCCAUGGCCUGAUCCCUGCCACAUUUGUCCCCAUUCUCAAGAACCUACAGCGAACUCAGCAAGAACGAGAACUGGCAUUUCAACAAUGGAUCUUACCUGCUCGCUACCAUGAGUAUGACAGCUCCAACAUGCCACCGCCUGCAUAUGCCCGGCACCCAGGAUUCGUCUUUCCGCUUUCAUCAAUUACAAAGCAUGGUGCUCACAAUCUCACCUUGAAUCCCAAUGCCCCAGAGUCUAUUGAUAUCUUGGAGAUGGAGACUCUGACCGGCCUCGACCGCGGCCAGUGCCAGGGACUGAUUUCUGCUCUGACACGAGAAUAUUCUCUUAUUCAAGGCCCCCCAGGGACCGGGAAAUCGUACUUGGGUGUCAGACUUGUUCAGGUUCUGUUGGCUAUCAAGAAGAAAGCAAAGCUAGGCCCGAUACUUGUAAUAUGCUAUACAAACCAUGCUCUGGAUCAAUUCUUGAAGUCUCUUCUCGCUAGCGGCAUCGAAAAGAUCAUACGUGCUGGCGGACGCAGCCAGGCCCCCGAGCUCGAAGGAAAGAAUCUUCGUGUGGUAAGCAAGGACAUCGGCAAGACGGGCGUGGAAUCUCGAACUCUUGGUGCAUCGUACGGCAAGAUCGAAGAGUAUAUGAAAUUAGCCACUCGUUCCUUGAAGCCUCUUCACCAGGCCCGAAAGGGUCUUAUUUGGGACCGAAUUCAGUUGUUCCUCAGUCGCAAUUGGCCUGAAAUUCACAGACAGUUGGAAGGAUGUGAUGCGGAAGGAUACACAAAGGUCAGCAAGGAGAGCGACCCUCUAUUUGAUUGGCUAGAGACAACAUCGAGAGAUUUCUGGAAACCGAGGAAGGAGAAAGAGGCUGAAAAUGUCCAAUUGAGCGAACUGACACGCAUUGCGAAGCGAAAUAUCUUCCACCUCGAGAUAUCACAGCGUCGAGCUCUAGCGAAGAGCUGGUUUAAGCAGUGGUAUGAGGAAGAGAUUGCCUCACUCUUUGAAGCGGUCGAUAGCGCUGAAGGCCUUCGGAAAGACAUAGGUGCCGUUUAUGAAGAUAUCAACCGCAGAACCUUGGCUCAAGCUGAUGUGAUAGGUAUCACGACCACUGGUCUUGCAAGGCAUGUCGAGACAUUACGUCGUGUCGGCGCAAAGGUCGUCAUAUGCGAGGAGGCUGCUGAGGUUAUGGAAGCUCAUGUCAUCUCAGCCCUCAUGCCAGGUGUUGAACACUUCAUCCAAAUAGGUGAUCAUCGUCAACUACGGCCUCAAAUUCAAAAUCACUCGCUUAGCCUUGAGACAGCAUCUGGCAUGGCCUGGCAACUGGACCGAAGCCAGUUUGAGAGAAGAGCUGUCGGAGAGCCGGGUCUUCGUGCCAUUUCUGUUGCGCAACUCAAUGUUCAACGAAGAAUGAGACCUGAGAUCUCGCGGCUUAUUGGAAGGGUCUAUCCAAAGCUCGAGGACCAUGAAAGUGUCCUAAAACUGCCUGAUGUGGUCGGAAUGCAAAACAACCUGUUUUGGCUAGAUCAUCGACACAAUGAAGAUGGAAGAGAUGAUGGCAGUAGGGUGAAAUCACACAGCAAUCAGUGGGAGGUCGACAUGGCCACUUCUCUUGUGCGUCAUCUUGUUCGGCAGGGCGAGUAUAAACCUGAAGAUAUUGCUCUUCUAACCCCCUAUACCGGUCAACUCCGAAACCUCAGGGCAUCUCUCAGCAAGUUUUUCGAAGUUUGCCUUAGCGAGCGGGACUUGGAGACCUUGGUAGCUGAUGGCUUUGAGGAGAGUCCCGAUGAGUCUUUGACAUCCAAUUCUCAGAAGCCAAUUGAGAAAAAAGCACUGCUCCAGACACUCCGCCUGGCAACCGUGGACAACUUCCAAGGCGAAGAGGCGAAAGUCAUCAUCGUCUCCCUAGUUCGCAGCAACUCAAACCGCAAAGUUGGCUUCCUCCGCACGGAGAACAGAGUCAAUGUCCUUCUCAGUCGAGCGCAACAUGGGAUGUACCUGAUUGGAAACUCGGAGACGUAUCUCAAUGUUCCGAUGUGGGCUGAUGUUCAUGCUCAACUUGCCAACAGAAACGCGGUGGGUACAGAGCUAGCCCUCUGUUGUCCCCGUCACACAGCGGUACCUAUUCUCUGCUCUGAGCCUCAUGAUUUCGAGAAGAAGAGCCCUGAAGGCGGCUGUGAUCUCCCGUGUACUCGUCGACUUGAGCCAUGCGGACACCAAUGCCAAGCCAAAUGUCAUGCAUCGGUUCUGCAUGACGCUUUCUCUUGUUGCAAGCCUUGCCCUCGGAUUCGAAAGAGCUGUGAUCAUGUCUGUCCCAAGUUCUGUGGUGAGAAGUGCGGUCUUUGUUUGGUCAAAAUUUCCGAUGUGACGCUUCCCUGCGGUCAUGUCAAAGAAAAGGUGUCUUGUCAUCAGAUGGACAAUCUAGCAGCCAUCAAGUGCGACGUGAAGGUUGAGAAAACCGUUCCGAGGUGUGGCCACACCCUUCAAAUCGGGUGUUUUGCAGACGUCACAUCUGAAAUCUUCCGCUGUCCAACGCCAUGCACUCAAAUGCUCGGCUGUGGACAUAAAUGUGAGAGCUCAUGUGGGAGAUGUCUUCAAAAGAGCGAUGGCGAGGAGAAACUGUUCGAUCAUCCUGUCUGCAAGAGGAAAUGUGACCGACCAUAUGGGACAUGCAAUCACAAGUGCCUCAAGGUGUGCCAUGAUGGUAAAAGCUGCGACAGCUGUGAGGCAAAAUGCGAGGUUCGAUGUUCGCACUCUGCAUGUAAGUCCUUGUGUGCAAUUGCAUGCGCACCAUGUAUCGAAAAAUGCACCUGGUCCUGCCCUCACCAAGGCUCCUGCUCUAUGCCUUGCGCAGCGCUCUGCGAUCGACUUCCUUGCGAUGAACGAUGUGAUAAUAUUCUCGGCUGUGGACAUCAGUGUCCAAGCCUUUGCGGAGAAGAUUGUCCAAUUGAUCUCUGUCAAGAAUGUGGCAACAAGGGAGAUGCUCGUGUGGACUUCUUCGAGUCAAAACUCUACUCCGAGAUCAACCUUAACGAGACUCCAAUUGUACGGCUUGGGUGUGGCCACUUCUUCACUAGUGAGUCUGUUGAUGGCGUGGCUGGUCUAGAUGGUGUGUAUACCAGAGACAAAGCUGGCAAGUUUAACGGCCUUCGGGAUGUGUCUACUUCACUUGCGAGCACCAUGCCCUCGUGCCCUGACUGCAGAGUUCCUAUUCGUCAAUUUGUGACAAAACGGUACAAUCGAGUCAUCAAUCGUGCGGUUAUGGACGAAACAUCGAAACGUUUCCUUACCAAGGGACAACUUGAUCUUAGAACCCUUCAAUCUCGUCUCAACGAUAUUGAAAAUCAACUUUCCUUGUCUCUACUGAAAGAACAAGAAGCGACAAUUCCAGGGCGCCGCUUACAGCCCAACUCUAUUUAUACGAAGGGUGUCCAACUUUCGAAAGAUGCAACAGCCCUAAGCCAAAGAAUGGGUGCAGAACAUCAGCCAAUAAAGCGACUUACGGACGCCAUGGCUCUAUCUCAGAAGCCUCAGACUGAUAGCAUCAUACCACUGUCGAGUCAGAUGAUGAAACUGAAGAUAGCCACCCCCGAACCUGACAACCGGAUCUCUCUCGGGGCACGAUUGAUCAAUAUCAAGGCCCGGGGUGUUAUUCUUCAGCAUAAAUUUGGUUUCAGUCAAAUGUCAAAACAGGAGCCAAAUAAGAUGCCUCUAAUGCGGCUCGUGCAGAAAAUUGGGCUUCUGCCUCACGACCUCAGUCAAGAUACUGAUCGCUUCCUCAGAGACUGUCAAAGUCUGAUCAAUCAGGCUCGGGAUGCGAGCCUCUCCCGUAUUGUUGUCAAUGCAACGCUCGUGUUUGCCAUGGUGGUCCAAUUGAAGGGAUGGUCUGACCGUGGCUCUUUAGAGACCACCAAAGAUAUUUCUGGUAAGGGAGAAUUGAAAGGCACCGGCUUGGAAACGGCUGCAGAUCGCAUCAAUAUCACGCGGGUCUUGCUAGAAGAUGCCCUACAUCGAUGUCAGGAACUAGGGAAUUGCGAGGAGCUUCAGGAGAAGACCAAAGAGAUGACUCGCUUAUUUGAGGGUCCUCGCUAUGAGAAUGUGACUCCAGAGGAGCUUGCGUCUAUCAAGAUAGCCAUGGUUGGUGGGCCAGGCGGAAUAGCUACUAACUCUGGGCACUGGUACAAUUGUAUCAAUGGGCAUCCAUUUGCCAUUGGAGAAUGCGGGAUGCCGAUGGAGCUUGCUAAAUGUCCUGAGUGCGGAGCGGGCAUUGGAGGAGAGCGUCACCAGGCUGUAGCGGGCGUAUCUCGUGCAGAACAGAUGGAGUAA